UUGUGUUGGACAAAUUCAAAACGUAACUAACACGCUCUCCCGACUUCAUCAUCAGCAUUCGUUACUCAGACUAGUCUCCAAGAAAUGACAGUUUGCGUUUUAUCUUCUAAACCUCCCUCAGCGAUUGGUGGUGUAUAGCGCAGACUUCCCCAUCUCUCAGCGCAAACCCCGAAGGCACGAGCAACCAAACAUGAGGGCUUCUGCGACGUAUCCUUGUAAUUGUAUCCUCUUACUGUUACUGUUCCUCUUCUACUUGGAGACUGGCGCAACGAACGUCCAUGAUCAGAGCUGUAGCCCUAGUGAUCUCAGAGCACUCUAUGCUUUCGCACGCAGCCUCGACAGAGGAAUCCGCGACUGGCCUGCUGCUAACUCCACCCGCUGCUGCGGUUGGCCCGGUGUCCGCUGUGCUCUGUUCUCGCUUAGCGCCGUAAGAGUCGCCGGUCUCGAUUUGUCGGGGAAGGGCCUCGAAGGCGUCCUCUCACCAUCCCUGGCUGGUUUGGACAAGCUGACCUUCCUCAACCUCUCAAGCAACUCCUUCCGAGGCUCCAUCCCGCCGGAGCUGCUCCGCUUGAAGCUCUUGGAGGUGCUCGACCUCAGCAGCAACCACUUGUCGGGAGAGCUGCCACCGGGUAUAGGCAACCUCUCGAACCUGUCCCGUUUGGUUGUCUCCAGCAACGGAUUUACCGGGAACAUUCCCGAUGUGUUUCACGACCUGCGAAAGCUCGAGGUCCUCUCCGCCAAAUCUAAUAGAUUUGUCGGCCGACUGCCAACUUCGCUGUCCUCCUGCUCGAUGCUUACCGUGCUUGAUUUAUGGAACAAUUCGCUUGGCGGUCGCAUCGACCUCGACUUUCGACGACUCGAUCGUCUUGACACCCUCAACCUCGGAUGGAAUAGGUUGCAGGGGCUCAUUCCCGAGGCUCUCUCUUCUUGCAAGGCAUUGAAGAUCUUGAAUCUGUCUCGAAACAACCUUAGCGGACAGGUCCCAGAUAAGCUCUGCAGACUUCGGUCCCUCUCCUUCUUGAAUCUGAAUGUCAAUAGCCUCUCCAAUAUCUCGCAGGCUUUAGGAGUUCUUCAGGACUGCCAUAACCUGAGGGUUCUUGCUCUUGCCUGGAACUUCCAAGGUGAGGAAAUGCCGACGACCGGAAUCCGAGGAUUCCAAAGAUUGCGUGCCAUGAACAUCGGUUAUUGUGCUUUGACUGGUCGUAUCCCCUCAUGGCUGAGGAAUUGCGAAGAGUUGAGAGUUCUGGGUUUACCAUGGAACCGUUUGACCGGAGAAAUACCGUCAUGGUUUGGAAGGUUUGAUCAUCUCUUUUUGUUGGACUUGGCAAAUAACUCGUUCUACGGGGAGAUCCCUGCUUCCUUGGCAGAGCUAAAGAGCCUUAUGUCAGAGAUUCCUCCGCAGGAUGGCGAUGAUUCUUCCAUUGAAUUCCCGUUCUUUGGAUGGAGCAGCAAUCAACAGAUUCUUGAGCCACUGAAGUAUAAACAUUAUACAGACUUUCCACCAGCAGUGAAUUUGAGUUAUAACAGAUUGAAUGGAUCAAUUUGGAAGGAGUUUGGAAAUCUGAGGGGUCUUCAUUUGCUGGAUCUAAGUUGGAACAACUUGUCAGGUUCCAUUCCAGAAGAACUGUCAAGCAUGGUCAAUUUGGAGAGGUUGGAUUUGUCUUUCAACAAUCUGUCAGGGAGCAUUCCAUCCUCCCUCACCGGGCUUUCUUUUCUUUCCUUUUUCAGUGUAGCUUUCAAUCACUUACAAGGACUAAUUCCAAUAGGGGGUCAGUUCUUGACCUUCCCCUGUUCUAGCUUCGAAGGAAAUCCAGGUCUCUACAGUGAUUCAUUGCCUUUCUGCGAACCUGUGAAGGCAACGUAUCAGAAGGAAGGUGAUGUCGAUGAAGAUAACAUUGCUUUCAUGGGGUUGCCAUUCGCCAUUGGAGUGGCAUCAGGUUUUGUCUUUAUCGUUUACGUUUUGAUGUGUUGCUGGCAAUUAUGAUUACCCAAGAGAUCCACGGA